AUGAGGGCGGUCCUCCUACUCGGCCGUCAAUGCCUCCGCCCGCACCUCCGCGCCGGCCAGCCCGCCGCCGCGCGCUCCGCAUUCGCAAGAGCUAGCAGACUGCAAUCCACACGCAACGCCUUCUCGUCGCGGUCGCCCGUCCGAUCAUACACUUCGCUCCCCUACUUACGCGCCCCUCCUCGUCCGCGCUUCGGCGGCAGCGCGUUGCUCUUCGCCGCCACCACCGCCCUCAGCCCCGCCGCUUUCGUCGCGCUGUCGCAGCAGAGCAACGAUGACGACGACCGCACCGGCGAGCAGCUCAUGCUCGAGGCGUCGCGUGCCGAGCUCAAGAACCAGGUUCCCAAGGUCAUCCAGCACUCCAAGACAUUUCGCAAGGGCCUCUACUUCUUCUUCGAGAACUACAUCUGGGAGCCGCUGGCUACCGGGCUUCGCUUCGCCCACCUGGUGGUGAUCUUUGUGCCCGUCAUCUUGACGGUACCGGUCAUCUGGAUUGGGAGAAGGGUGCCCGACAGGGAUAAUGAGAGAAGUGGCACGCUGUGGUGGUAUGCCUUCCUGGUCAGGAGUAUGGAGAGAGCUGGGGCAGCCUUCAUUAAGCUCGGCCAAUGGGCAGCGUCGCGGACAGACAUAUUCCCUACCGAAAUGUGCAAGUACAUGUCGUCUCUCCACUCCAACGCGCCGGCACACUCCCUGCAUGAUACGAAACGGAUUGUGAAGAGGGCGUUUGACGGACGCAAUUUUGAGGAUAUAUUUGAUGAGUUCGACGAAAAGCCGCUUGGCGUUGGUGCCAUCGCCCAGGUCUACAGGGCAAAGCUCAAGCCCGAUCUCGCUGCGCCUGUUGCGUCGGAUGUUGAUGGGCCCCAAAACCUCCGCCAAGUGCUGAAGAAGAAUGUUGGCGCAACGCUGAAGAGCACGCCGCAUCGAAUUCCCUCAUCGUACGUGGCCAUCAAGGUCCUGCACCCGAACAUAGAAAAGGUUGUCCGCAGAGAUUUGCGAAUAAUGUCUUUCUUUGCACACAUCAUUAACGCGAUACCUACCAUGGAGUGGCUUUCGUUUCCGGAUGAGGUAAAGCAGUUUUCUGAAAUGAUGAGACUACAGCUAGAUCUCAGGAUAGAAGGCGCGAACUUGACUCUUUUCCGUCGGAACUUCAAGGACCGGACGACUGCGUGGUUCCCUUUCCCUUACAAUGAAUACACCACUCGGCAAGUACUCGUCGAGGAAUUCGCUCACGGAAUUGCUCUGGAAGACCUCCUCCAGAACGGUGGCGGUUCGUACCGCAAGGAAAUUGCGGACGAGGGGUUGAACGCCUUCUUGCAUAUGGUCCUGAUAGACAACUUCAUCCAUGCCGACCUACAUCCAGGUAACAUCAUGGUUCGCUUCUACAAGCCGGAGACGCCAGAUAUCCCCUCGUUCAAGACUAGGAAGACUCCCGAAGGCGUCAGCAAUUCGACCGAUGUAACCGAGGAAGUCAUCCGGCGGCUGACGCCGCUGAAGGGCCAGCGCAGAGCGUGGAACGCGGAGCUCCAGCAAAUUGAUAACGAGGGCUACCGCCCUCAGCUCAUCUUCAUCGACACCGGCCUUGUUACUGAGCUGAACGAAAAGAACCGCAAGAACUUCCUGGACCUUUUCAAGGCAGUAGCCGAGUUCGACGGCUACAAGUCGGGUCAUUUAAUGGUUGAGCGAUGCAGGCAGCCUGAGGCUGUUCUUGACAAGGAGGUUUUUGCGCUGAAGAUGCAGCAUCUAGUGCUAGGUGUAAAGAGCCGUACUUUCGCACUUGGCAACAUCAAGAUUGGCGACAUCUUGAACGAGGUGUUGACCAUGGUCAGGCAGCACCACGUCAGACUCGAGGGUGACUUCGUCAACGUUGUCCUGAGUAUACUGUUGCUUGAAGGAAUCGGCAGGCAGUUGGACCCGGAAAUGGAUCUCUUCGCUGGGGCAUUACCUAUUCUGCGUAAGCUAGGCACACAGAGCGGUAGGCAUAUCGUCCGUGAUGCGGACUUCUCCAUGCUCAAGGUUUGGGCUGGACUGGAGGCUCGCAGUUGGCUACGGGCUUCGGUAGAAAGUGUGGAAGCAUGCGUGAAAUACGAUCUCCUCUCCCCUAAUAUCUAA